GUCUGGCGUCUAUUGGUAAAAAUUGCGCAAGCGCUAAAAAUUUCACGUCACUGUGACAACUGAAAACGUUGUCUCGAGACUCCACUGCGACAUCCUCGACUGUCUAUAUACUGGGCGAUUUACUAUGCUGCUUACUGCUAUCCCACGACGAUCAGUAAACGCACAUAUACACAAGCUGUCGAACGAAAGAGAAAAUAAGGAUGAAAAAUGCUAUUGGUAGAAAAAUGGGAUGAGUGAUAUAAACGUGGUUGCGCAGUAUUGCUGUGCCAUUCGGAAGGCUUUUUAUCGAUCAGCAGAAGCCUUAUCGAGUCCAUGCAGGUGCUCCACGGCUCAUUCGACUCUUUGAGGUUAUUAAACUAAGAAAGCCAAAUGUAAACCUCGCGUAAAUGCACAAAAGGAAUUAAGUGCGGAUAUCUUUGACCCGACACGCGAGUUCGUCGUCAUUCGAGUGAAUUUAAUGGCAUGUGCAAAAUUGCACUCGCAAAUUAAAUUACUAUGAUAACAAAUAUCAAAUUGUCAAGUUAACGAGUGAGUGUCGAUUCUCAUGGUACUUAAUCAUGUUGUCCGAUUCAGAGAAUAUUAAACAACCAGAGGAAAAAAAACCUCUGGCAAGAAGACGGUGCACUAUCGUUCCUCUCAAGGUUCAAGAUGAAAGAAUCGCUACUACCAAAAAAGUGAAUGCUAUAUUACACAAACCUGAAGAUGCUAGAACACCAGAAGAAUGCGAAAUUCUUGAAUCUUGCAGUGACAUUGUCAAACAAAUAACUAAAAGACAAGAAAAAAGAAUCAAAGUUAAAGCAAGAACAGAAGAGGUUGAAGACCCACCUGAAGUUUUGGAAGAAAAAUGUAUUAGGCUAGCAGCUGCAAUUAGCAAUGCAAAAUCACUCAUUGUUUACACAGGUGCUGGCAUAAGUACAGCAGCAUCUAUUCCUGACUACAGAGGAACAAAUGGGGUUUGGACUCGGUUACAGCAAGGAAAAGAUAUAGGGAACCAUGAUCUUAGUCAAGCUGAGCCAACACUAACCCAUAUGUCACUUUAUGCAUUAUAUAAAUCUAGAAUUUUAAAAUAUGUAGUGUCUCAAAAUUGUGAUGGCUUACAUUUGCGCAGUGGCAUACCCAAAACUUCUCUCUCUGAAGUACAUGGAAACAUGUUUGUUGAAGUUUGUCGAAAUUGUAAACCAGCUCGGGAAUACUUGCGGUUAUUUGAUGUUACAGAAAAAACUGCUCGUUAUGCUCACGCAACUGGUCGCAAAUGUUAUAAAUGCAAUUCAAAUUUACAAGACUCUAUUGUUCAUUUUGGAGAACGAGGAAAUUUACUUUAUCCUAUUAAUUGGGGUGGUGCAAGCAGGGCCUCGAAGCAAGCUGAUGUAAUUUUAUGCUUAGGAUCUAGUUUAAAAGUACUAAAAAAAUACACAUGGUUAUGGCAAAUGGAUAAGCCAGCAGCGAAAAGAGCUCAACUAUAUAUUGUGAACCUUCAGUGGACUCCCAAAGAUGAAACUGCAACUCUUAAAAUAAAUGGAAAAUGUGAUAAAGUCAUGAAGAUAGUUAUGUCACACUUAGGAAUUGAUAUUCCCAAUUAUGACCGCAAUAAGGAUCCUAUCUUUCAUCAUGCAAUAAGAUUACAUAGUAGUGAAUUAACUACUACCUCCCAACCUGUUUUAGAAGCUCCAAUGAUGAUUGAUGAACAGAAAGAAGAAUUGAAAGACGAAAACCAAGAGGUUGCAAAUGAAACUGAUGAAAGUAUCCAAGAUGAACAUGUUAGUAGUGAUGUAGAAGUAAUACAAAGCAUAUCCAGUUCUGAACAUAAUAAGGAAGAAGUUGUUUCGCCUAUCAAUGAACAAAAUAUAUCGACAGAAGAACUCAAUGCUAAAAAUGAAGAGGUUAAUAAUCAAGAAAAUUGUGAAUUACCAGUAAUCAUGUUACAAGAACCUGUCUCUGGAUAUUCAGCCCCAUACUUUACAGCACUUCCAUUUAUUUCAAUGGGUUUGCCUUUUCCACCCAUGUUUAUUUAUCCUCAAUUAUCUCCACUCAUUUAUUAUCAACCUUUUGUUCACUUUCCAACACAAUCAUUAGAAAUAAAUAAAAACGAAAGCGAAAAUGAAGUUGAAACUGAUCAAGUAACUGAAAUAAAACAAGAAAUCUAUCAGCCUGAGCCAGAGGCAGCAUGCUCUUUUUGCAUGGAGCACGAAGGUUCUCUCACUUGUUUGUAUUAUCAACAAUAUGAUGAUGAUAGUCCAAUAAAUCAACCGUCACAAUUAGAUGAUCUUGAUAAAUCAGAAAAAAUGAUAAAUGAAGAUGAAAAUACUCCGAGUCCAGCUGCAGUUAAAAAUCCUGGAUGGUUUGGUAAGGGUUAUCGCAAGGGCAUGAAAAGAAAACGGUAGCAUCAAUUUGAAUUGAUAAACUUUGUACUUCGUAUCGUGUUCCUGUUUGCUGCUAACCUUUUUUUUCUUUACUGAGAAGAUGAAAAGCUGUAAAACUAUCAGAUGAUUCUAACAAAAAAUGUAAAAAUACUCGUAAGUUUUUUUAGUUUAAAAUGUAGCUGUUACUUAUAUGAAGUUUCGCGUGAGUUGAUAUUGGGAAAAACUUGUUUUAUUCAUCAUCAUUCAAGUCAAAGAUGAAUAUCACACACAUAUAAUAUAAAUUAUUUUAUUGUAACGAAUCCAUCACUUUAAUUAAAGAAAUUUAGUGUUAGUGAGUUCAUUAAAUUUGUCUUACUGCACAACGUCGACAGAAGUACUUCACUCACAUAAUUAUGAGAAUAUUUUUGCUCUUUACAAGUUAUCUCUAAACACUAAUUAUCAGAGAAUUCUAUAAUACCUAGCAUUUUCAUCUUGAAAGAUAUUAUUUCACUUUAUCAUGAAAGUCAUGAGUUUAAGGAUUUAAAAAAAUCUUAAUUUAAAAAACUUAAUUUGAAACCAAAAAUUGAGAUACAUAUAAUGAACAUUUUUUAGAAAAUUAAAACUAAAUUAAAGCUGAAUUUGUUUUUUUAUUAUAGUGAUCUUGCGCGAAAAUAACACAUUCAGUAUUACUUAGGCUUCAAAUCAGUAGCGAAAAUGUAUGUAUAAUUAUUAUCUUCAAAUAUUGAGCAAAAAUGUUUACCCUCAAUUUAUUGUAACUAGAGAAUGGCAACUACUAUAGACCGAAAUGCAAAAGAUUGUACGAUAAAGGAUAGCAAUAAAUUAGUUUUAAGAAUUAAUAGUUCGAGAUAGUAGCAUCUUGACAAUAGGAAAUCCAAAUAUUAGUGGAGUGUUUACAUUUAAAACAAAAGUUUUUAAUUUUUAUUUGUUGAAGAUAUAUUUUAAAUCAUGCAAAAAUUAAUCUAUAUUAAUUAUAACGAUUAAUUUCACACAUUUAAAAAAUUUAAUUAGCGUACAUCACAAUUUGUAACUUUAAAAAUCGUUUAUUUGUAUAAUUAUGAUUGAGUUCAUGCACGAUUUUUUAUCAAUGUUUCAUUUAUUAAAAUUUAACGAAACAAUCAAACCUUAUUGGUUGUAGACAAGUUAAUAAUGUUAUAACAUUGAAUUAACGAUUUUUAUGACUUCGAUUGAGCCUAUUUAAUGUUUAUACAGUGUGCUUUAAAAAAACAUUACUGCAUCAAACAAAAGGUGCGAGAGAAUUAUAUCAAAGACUGCACAAUCCGCAUCAGGAUAUUCAAAAAGUGGAUUUUAAAUUAUAAAAAUUUAUAUCAUAUGAUUUUUUGAGAUAAUGAUUGAUAAUGUUCAUUGGUUAAAUGAACUGUCUUCCCUGUAUAAAUAGUGUAUUUUUUCUAAAUGAAGACAAAUAGAAUUAUAAUUAUUCAGAAAAAUUUAAAGCGAUAACUUCCCUCCAGGUAUAAUUUUGUAUCUUAUAAAAUUCAGUCUAUACCUUGAGUCGCACUGCAGUAUUACUCAUUGCUCAAAAAUUUAUGCGCUUAUUAUGAAUACGUAUUUUUUAAGAAUCAGUAUUUUUUCUGUACAUUUUAAUUCUGUGUAUAUAUUAGUUUUAAUUUAUCAUUAAUGUUAAUUAGUCAUUCGUAUGUGUAUUUUUUGUUGUUUGUAAAUAUUUGAAUAUAUUUGUUUGUACGAAAUAGA